UGACUAUAGUGUUACUAAACCCAGGACCCUGCAUUCACUAUAUCUGGUCUCCUUUGACCCUGCAUUCACUAUGUCUGGUCUCCUUGGACCCUGCAUUCACUAUAUCUGGUCUCCCAGGACCCUGCAUUCACUAUAUCUGGUCUCCCCGGACCCUGCAUUCACUAUAUCUGGUUUCCCAGGACCCUGCAUUCACUAUGUCUGGUCUCCCCGGACCCUGCAUUCACUGUAUCUGGUCUCCUCGGACCCUGCAUUCACUAUAUCUGGUCUCCCAGGACCCUGCAUUCACUAUAUCUGGUCUCCUUGGACCCUGCAUUCACUAUAUCUGGUUUCCCAGGACCCUGCAUUCACUAUGUCUGGUCUCCCCGGACCCUGCAUUCACUAUAUCUGGUUUCCUCGGACCCUGCAUUCACUAUAUCUGGUCUCCCCGGACCCUGCAUUCACUAUAUCUGGUCUCCCAGGACCCUGCAUUCACUAUAUCUGGUCUCCCCAGACCCUGCAUUCACUAUAUCAGUGUUCAGAAGAGCACUAGUUAAAGCUUGUAGCCCAGGACCCUGCAUUCACUAUAUCUGGUCUCCCACAGUACACAGAACAUGGAAAUACAAUUAUUUUGCUAAAUACCUUUUCUCAUCAGCAGUUAGAGCAGUCUUGUGACUUCUAUCAGUGUCCAGCCGAGCACUGGUUAAAGCUUGUAAGAGGAGUUUUCUUUCUACUCUAGGAGGAUGCAGAACCCCUAACCUCUGUCUGGACAGUGCUGAUUGGCCCUGUGCUGAUCACAUGCACUCACGCAAGAAAAAAAAUACCUCUCUAGCAAUAUACACCAAACUGAGCAUGUGUAGAGUGUCUCCACACGAUAUGUCUUAUCAGGGAUAAGAAGGGUCAAUGGAAUAAGGGAAGGAUCAAACGGCCUUUUUACACAAUGCAGAGGAUUAA